AUGACGAGGCGAGGUCUCCCCGCAUGGCUCGACUAUUUCAAUAGUCGCGACCUGAAGGUGUUGUUUCGAUGUUUAGCCGCCGCAUGGGCGGCUGCCUUGCUCAUGUUCAUUGGCCCUACAUUGCACGCGAUUGGUCCAGAAACGUUUUUCACGUGCAUAGUGCUCUUCAUUCUACCUCCUUCAGGCAUCCUGCUUAUCUUUCUUCUUGGGGAACUCACACUUCUUAUCGGUAUGAGCCUUGCUUGGGCAUGGGGAGUCAUUGCCAUGAAAGCAGCCUUAGCAGCUCGUUCAGCAUCAGAGACGCACAUCGAAUUGACCGCCCUACAACAACAGGCGUCUAUUCAAGCUAAUAUCUCUGGUCAGAGCAUCGAGAGAGAACUGCAAAUGCUCAUAUCGAACGGGUUCAUGCUCGAUGCGCCAGUAACUGCGGUCUUUUUUGUCCUGAUCUGCCUAUUUAUUUAUUUCAUGGUUCGCAAUAUCUAG